CUUUUUUAUCCGACGUCAACUCAAUCAACUCAAGAAUCAACUCAGAGCUCUCCAACAUUCCAAUUGACUUCCACCGUUCUAGCUACCCACAGCCUUCUUCUGCACUGACCCGAUUCCGCACCAUACCCAUCAAACAAACCGCCCACAAUGCCGCGAUCUUGCACCCUAAACCGCGACACCAACGAAACCAAAAUCCAAGUCUCGCUCAACCUCGACGGCGGCGCCCUCCCGGCCUACGAACCCUCAUCCUUCUGGACCGCCCACGACGAGCACAAUGCCAACGGCUCCUCGUCGUCAGAGCAGCACGCCACACAAAAAUCCAGCAGCCAAGACAUCCAAGUCGACACCGGCAUCGGCUUCCUCGACCACAUGAUCCACGCGCUGGCGAAGCACGCGGGGUGGAGCCUGCGCAUCAGAUGUAAAGGCGACCUGCACAUCGACGACCACCACACAGCCGAGGAUACGUUUCUGGCGCUGGGGCAGGCGAUGAAGAACGCGCUGCAAGCGGAGGGUGGGAGCACGGGGCUGGCGCGGUUUGGCUCCGCGUACGCGCCGCUGGAUGAGGCGCUGUCGCGCGCGGUAAUUGAUUUGUCGAAUCGGCCGUUUGCUGUGGUGGAUCUGGGGCUGCGGCGGGAGAAGAUUGGGGAUUUGUCGACGGAAAUGCUACCCCACUGUCUACAAUCCUUUGCGCAAGCGUCCGGCACAACGCUGCACGUCGACUGCAUACGCGGCGAGAACGACCACCACCGGGCAGAAUCGGCGUUCAAGGCGCUGGCGGUGGCGAUUCGGCAGGCGACGACGGUGGUCAAGCAGUGGGAGGGCGAGGUGCGGAGUACGAAGGGCGUGCUGUAUUGAGAGGAGAGGAGGACAGGACAUGCGCCGUGGCUCGGGAGGGGAGGGGAUUGGCAUGAUUUUGCGCAAGUAGACAGACAAGAUAGACAAGAAUUGGACGAGGCAUAUACCAUGUAGGUCGGACAGUCGGACAUACUCUAUAAUGUGGCUAGUAGCCAUGCAUAAGUCGCGUCAAAUAAACUCAAGCUGUGAGGUAGAUAACUUCCAG